GCAGCAUGCAGCGCUUCUGGCAGCGCGUGACGACGUCGAGGCAGGCGGCGCCGCCACGAUGCGUGUUUUGCGACCACGCCACCCUUGAAACCAAUGGUAUUCUGUACGAAGAUGAGAGGGUCAUGGCGUUUCGGGACAAGCAUCCACGGGCCACGGCACAUGUCCUUGUCGUGCCAAAGGAACACAUCGCGACGUCGGCAGACCUGACACCCACUCAUGCAACCCUCGUCGAACACAUGCUUUGUAUUGGAAAGGACGUCCUACAUCAAGAAUGUCGUCGGCUUGGGCUCACUCCGACGAAAGAAGCUGUGUUUGGAUUUCACCAGCCGCCGUUCAAUUCGAUCGACCAUUUGCACCUUCACUGCCUCGUGCCGCCAUUCCUGCCGUCGUGGAACGAACUCCGAUACAUUCAAACUCCGCUGCGCAACUUCAUCACGGCCGACACGGUGCUACAGAAAUUCGCCUCCCGCAACGCUCCUCCGUCCCCGUGUAAAUAGUUUUCGUUCUCUAAGCUCCGACCUGGCCUUACACGCUACCCAUCGCACUCACACAGCAACUUCGCAUCGAUCGCGUCCAAAGAUGAGCUGUACCCAAG